UUUAGUGACAAUAUUGUUAAUGGUUAAUUUUCAAGAGUUCUUGGUUAACUUAGGCUAAAUAAAAUAGAUAGAGAUUCCUUUUUAUUAUAAGAAUUAGUUCAAAAUAAAGGAAAACUUUAUUAAUCCUAAUAGCAAGUAUUUCGAUCAAAUUGCUUAAAAGUAAUUCAUAACAUUUAAAAGACUCUUAUCAGAAGACAAUAAAGGAUUGAAAAGGAAAUGGGAUAAACAAUGUAAGAUGUUAUUUAUAUGGGUUAUCGUGAAAUACUUCUAAAUGAAAGAUAAAAAAACUAUCAAUCCCAACUAAGAUGAAUGGAUUGAGUUAACAUAAAUUUUUAAUUUUGAUGAAGUGACAUUGAAAUAACGUUGGAUUACUUUAAUAAACCCAAUGGCAAAAAGUUUAAAUUGGGAAACAGAAGAGGAUGAUAUAAUAAGAUCUUUGAUGAUGUAUGUUAUUAUUAGCUUAAAUUUAAUCAUUUUAGAUAAUAAGAGUAAAAGCAUAUUUGGACUCAAAUAGCUUUAGAACUUUACAAUCAUAAUAAUGGAUAAUAUGUUAGAACACCAAAACAGGUCAGAGAAAGAUGGAUGAAUUAUUUAAAUCCUAAAUUAAAUAAGUAAACUUGAUAUUUAAGAUUAUAAUUAGAUCUAGUUGGACUGAUUAGGAAGAUAAUUAAUUAUUAUAAUUAGUUCUUAAUAAUGGUAAAAGAUGGUCCAUGAUUUCAUCAUUAUUGGAAGGGAGAACCGAAAAUUAAGUUAAAAAUAGGUAUUAAUCAACUUCAAUUAUAUUUAGAUUUAAAAGUCUUAUACAUAAAAUUUAUAAAGAAGAAGAUGAUGAUGAUAUUGAAGAAUUGACAGCUAUUAGAUAAUAUUUAAAUAAAUAGGUUUCUGCUAUUGACAAUUAAAACAAUUCAUUAUCCAAAUCUACAAAAAAAGAAUCCAAAAUAAAAUAUGAAGAUUCAUAAUCUAAUAGCAAUUUAUAAAAAUUAAAAAAAAAAUCAUAAAUCAAAGUUUAAGAUCAAUAAGAGUAGUAAGUUCAAAUUAAAAAGAAAAAAGUUAAAGUUAUUGAGAAUUUGGCUGUCAAAUAAGAAAUUGAUGAAAAAUUAUAAUAAUCAAUCCAUUAACUCAAUUAAUAGUUUUGUUUAUCUACUUAUGGAAAUUGUGAUACUUCAAGUUAAGAUAAUAGAAAAGGUAUCUCUAGUUCUCAUUCUCAAGGAUCUAUAUUAAAUUAAGAAUUUGAGUGCAAAUCCUAAUAAUAAAUUUAGUCUUAAUUGUAAAUUUAAUAAUAAUCAAAAUGCUCACUUUAAUCACCAUCAUAAAUUGGUUAAACUUCUAUAAAAGACCCAAUACCUUAAUAUACUGGAUUUAGACCAUAUACAAAUGAUGUAUACAAUGAUUUAUUUUAACAAACUCCUUGUCAAGUUAAUAGAUUAGGAUUUGGUAUAAAACAACCUCAAUAUCCAUUUUAAUAAUUAUCACCUUUUCAAUAAUAGAUUUAAUAAACACCUAUGGUGUAUACUCCACUCUAUUUAUACAAUUCACAAUUCAUUGCUCAAUCUCCAUACAAGAGUCCUAUACUAUCAUCUCAUUUUUGGAUGUAACAAUAGUAGUAAUUAUAAUAAUAAUAUGAGAUUGAGAUACAAAAUGAAUAGUAAAAAUAAGAAUAGUUUGUAAAUAUUCUUUAUCUAUUUAGAAUAAUAAAUUAGAAUUUUUAUAGGGUUAAGAUUUAGUAUCUAAAUGGAAAAAUAAAAGAGUUUAAGAAAAAUAGAGUUAAUAAGAAUUAAAUAAGAUUAUAGAUUAAUGA